UGUGAGACCCCCUUCUUUACUGAAGUGACAUACUAAAUCCCAAGCACACCUUUUCACUUCCUUGCUCAAUUCCUGGCUCUGUAGAUCCAAAUACAUCACUGAGGUUGAUUUGAGUUUAUGUUCAGCGAUAAUUUCUUUGCCUUUGGCUAUAAUUCGCAUGUGAUUCUGUCCACCUCUCUGCUUGUUGUGAUCCAAACGGGACAUUUUAAGUUCUGCUCACCACAUGCUCUAGUCCCUGAGGGAGUCUCCCUCAUCCCCUCCCUCUCUCUCUCCCCUCUCCCUCUCUCUGCGGUGCUGUGGAGUGAAGAUAUGAAACUACAGUAACUCACAGGUGAACAGCAGAGCGUCUGCCGACCACUGCCAGGCAGGCAGAGACACCAGGAGAGCUCACCACUGAGCAGAAUAACCAGCCCGUCUGACUCUCGGGCACGCGUUGAGAUCCCGGAGCAGAGAGAAAGAAGAAGAAGAAGAAAAAAACAAACACGCAGACUUGACAUGAAAAUCUGCGGAUUGAAAAGGACAUGCGUAAAGCUGCGCUCCAUAGGAACUCUUAGUUAAUGAGCCGAAGUGUCAGAAGGAUUUCUCUCUCUUUUCGGUCUCCGCGUUUUCUUCUUGUUGGCGUGCGGGAGCGAUUCGUGCCUCACUGGACUCAUAAUCGACCAGCGACUUCUUCGCAGGCUGAUGAAACACUUUGUCAACCCGCUUUUUCUUUGCUCCACUGCGACCCGGGGAGGGAACCUGCAAACACCGCUGUAGCGCAGCGGUGAUGGACCUUCGUUCCGACACCUUGGUUCUGCACGCGUCCCAGUCCCCGCUGCUCCCCGCACGCCCGCUCAUGUGACACGCAUCGCUCCCGCACACAAUUCCCGCUCGUGAGACUUUUAUUAUUAUUUUUUUUAAUGAGCGGCGGAUGCUCGGAAUGUUUCUCCGUCAGUGUGCGUGAGGGAUGGCGACCUGCACCGCACCAGGUCCAAGAGUGCUUAUCUACACGUUUGCACCUGUCUGGGUGGAUGAUUGCAGCUCGCGCCACAGGUGAAUGAAAAUCAGGUCAGUUUGAAUUGUUUCGGAGCUGUUUUUGCUUUGUUUUGUUUUUUGUUUCUCUGACUCCGGCAUUCAGGAUCGAGCUUGUUGCACAGUGACAAUGGAUCUCAAAGUAGAGAGCGAGGAAAUGGACUCUAAUCAGCCUCCGCCCAUAGAAGUUUUUGCUCACAGCUCGACCCUGCACGGCAUCUCCCACAUUUUCACGUACGAGCGGUUCUGCAUCAAGCGCUGCCUGUGGGUCGUGUUUUUCCUGGGCUCCCUGACCUUCUUGCUGUACGUGUGCGUGGACCGGAUCCACUUCUACCUCGAGUACCCGCACGUCACCAAACUGGAUGAGGUCACGACCCCGAUCAUGACGUUCCCCGCGGUCACCUUCUGCAACCUGAACGCGUUCCGCUUCAGCCGGGUGACGCGCAACGACCUGUACCACGCCGGGGAGCUGCUGGCCCUGCUCAACCAGAGGUAUGAGAUCAGGGACAUACAUCUUGUGGAGGAGAGUGUUCUGGAGAGCCUAAAGGUGAAAGCCAAUUUCCACAAUUUCAAGCCACGACCCUUCAACAUGCGGGAAUUCUACGACCGCACCGGUCACGACAUCAAUGACAUGCUGCUCUCCUGCCACUUUCACGGCACCGAGUGCAGACCAGAGGACUUCAAAGUGGUCUUCACUCGCUAUGGGAAGUGCUACACCUUUAACUCUGGCGAAGAUGGACGUCCUCCCCUCAUCACCACCAAGGGAGGUAUGGGUAAUGGACUCGAGCUCAUGCUGGACAUUCAGCAGGAUGAAUACCUGCCUGUCUGGGGUGAAACAGAUGAGACGUCUUUUGAAGCUGGGGUCAAAGUUCAGAUCCACAGUCAGGACGAGCCGUCCUUCAUUGACCAGCUCGGAUUUGGAGUGGCACCCGGUUUUCAGACGUUUGUCUCCUGCCAGGAACAGAGGCUCAUAUAUCUUCCUCCACCCUGGGGAGACUGUAAGGUGACGGCCAUGGAUUCAGACUUCUUUGAUAGUUACAGCAUCACAGCCUGUCGUAUUGACUGUGAGACGCGCUACCUGGUGGACAACUGCAACUGUCGCAUGGUGCACAUGCCUGGCGAUGCACCCUACUGCACCCCCGAGCUGUACAAAGAAUGUGCUGACCCAGCUCUUGAUUUCCUGGUGGAGAGAGACAACGACGUCUGUGUGUGUGAGACGCCGUGCAACAUGACCAGAUACAGCAAGGAGCUUUCCUUCGUCAAGAUCCCCAGCAAGGCCUCCGCCAAAUAUCUGGCAAAGAAGUACAACAAGUCUGAGCAGUAUAUUAAGGAGAACAUCCUGGUUUUAGACAUCUUUUUCGAGGCUCUCAACUAUGAAACUAUUGAACAGAAGAAGGCUUAUGAAGUGGCUGGACUUUUGGGUGACAUCGGUGGUCAGAUGGGACUUUUCAUUGGGGCGAGCAUACUCACCAUUCUGGAGCUGUUCGACUACCUUUAUGAGGUGAUCAAGUACAAGCUGUGUCGCUGCUCUGACAAUAAGCACAAGCACAACAACAACAACGACCAGGGAACAGUGCUGAGCUUGGAUGACGUCAAGUGUCACGUCAGUAACUUUCACUAGGCUUCUGCAGCCGUGAGGGAGGAGAGCCGCUGCACUCUCUUGUCUCUGAGCGGUGUCGGUGGACUUUGUUCGUUGCAGUUUUCUCAGACUGCGGAGCAAACAGAGCAAGUGUGUGAACUGUGCCUGGUGAAAGGUUUGUAAGUGGUGAAGUGAAUUCAGCAUGUGGCCGACAUCAGGAGGAGCCGCAUAGACAGUGGGGGGGGGGGGGGGCAGAAACCAGUGAUCAACAUGUUGUGAUGAAUUCAAAUAUGUCAGAAUAUCUGCAUGGUCAUCUGUAAAACAGCUUUUCAAGACGUAGAGACAGAUACAUUUAAUAGGGGCAUAAACUUAGAUAUGGGUCUUCAGCAAAUCAGCAUUUGAAAUCGCAGCUCAGUGUUUGUCAUUUGUCAAUUUGAAGGAGUAUUUUUUUUUUUUUGUCAUUCAUUUUCAUUUGCAAAGUGUUUUCUCUGAGGAAUCUUCCUGUCAGUUCUUCGCAUGCUUCACUUUUGUCCUUGGUGGCUUGCUUUCAUUGUUCGCUCCUUUGUUCUUGACUUCCCCCCCCUUUAUUUCAUUUUUAUAUUCAUAUCAUCCAACCCCACCUUACGACAGUCUUCCCUUGCUAAAAAGAAGAAAGAAAAAAAAAACAGAGCAAUGUACUGUACUACCUCAUCUUGCAAGGAUGACAGCAGCCCCGAAGAAUUUACAAGUCAAGCAAAUUAAUAACAAAAAGGUCAUUUUCUUUUAUGGAAACUAGACGAACAGGAUAAAAGUACAAAAAGCAGGCAUUAAAGUGAGGCAACGUUGACAUUUGCUGAACGGCAGAUACAGGCCUUUUCAUCAGGAGACAUUUUGACUUGUCAUAGCAAAAAAAAAAGAACAAAAAGAACACAGGUGUAAAUUUAACAUGAAUGACAGCUGAAUUUAGCUGCUUCAGAUUCAGGCUCCUGGUAUUGUGAGGGCUGGCUCACUGCCAUGUGUUACCAGGAGACUCCAAUAGAAGUAUCACCUGUGUUUUCACAGCUAAACAAGUGGAAAUGCCAGCUAAACGAGUGUCUGCUGUGAAAAAGGCCACAAUUAAAAGGACAAUCCCUGAUAAUGAGUGACAAUCCAGGAAAAAGAGCGAAAUGAUUGUAUGUGGUGUUAAUUUUGUAAAAUUGACUAACAAAAAUCCUCCAUAUUCACCUUAUUAUCUGAACGUGGAUUUAAAACGCUGGUCACCUUCCUGUUAUUGUGCCGCACUUCCACUCUGUCACCUCCCUCAUGAGAGCUAACGAAGCUAACCAGCUUGUUGUGCUAGCUGCUGCAAAGAAAAGUGAGUUGGCUAAAUGGUAGCUGGUGGGCAGAUGUGCAUGGCAGGAAGUCUCGCACCAUAAAAACAAAAACUGGCUGUGCUCCGUGUCUGGUUCUUUAUUUGAAAAUAAGGUGAAUAGCUAACAAUAGCUCACUACUGUAAGCCAGCCUACUGGUCAAAUCAGACCAAGUAGCCUAACGCUGUAGCUGUGAAACCCCCGAUUGUAAAGAUAAUAUGAAAAUGAGAAUGGUUGGACUUUUGGGACAAAGCUUUAUUGUUGUUUUCCGGCAGAAAGAAUGGAGAAAAUUGAUACCACUCUCAUAUCUAACAGUAAAAUAUGAAGCUACAACAAGUAGCAGCUUAGCUUAAGUUUAGCAAAAGGCUGAAAAUUAUGAUAAAAUCUUAAGCUCACAAAUAACACUUUAAAUCUAUUUUGUUGAAUGUGUACACCAACCAGAGUGUGAAAAUGCCAAUAAACUGCUGCAGGAAUCAGUCCUUCAACCUGGAAACAAGUUGGGUCUCAAUAGGCUCUGAAGCAACAUGUCCACAGAUAGAAGUUGGACAGUACCGUGUGUAUGACUGAUUUAAUGAGACACAAAUAAAACAGAAGUACUACUUAAGAGUAUAUGCAGCCUUCACACCUGUUCAUGCACUGAGCAACCAUCUGGCUGAUGAUGCGUAUCCGACAUUCCGAGCUAGAAAUCAAACUUUACGGGACGCUACCGUUGAAAUGCAGACUGGAAACUCAGAAAUUCCGACUUCACAGUUCAAAUGGAAUGCACCACCACUAACAAAAAAUACAAAAUAUGAUAAUAAUAAUAUAAUAUAAUAAUAUGAUACAAAAAUGCCAGCGGUAUCAAUCUUCUUAUCUGACAGCAACAGAUGGAUACACAGCAACAGAUUAAAGGUACACAUUAUGAACAAAUAUUUAAAGAGCUUCUUUCCAUGGCAGCCAGGCGCUACAUACUGUAUCUUUUCCUCUCAGUGACAAUGUAAAAAUCUCAGAAGACAUCAAAAAUAUUGUCCUGGCGAGGGAGCAAAACAGACUUCAAUACAUUACUAUAAGGGAAUGUCGAACAUGUUUACAUGUAGGCUACAUGUUGAUGUUGUUAAUCACAUUUACUGUGCGAGUUUCCUUUUAAGUGUGUUAACAUGGCAAAGUCAUAAAUGCGUAUAAAACUUUUGAAUGUGGUUUUCCAUCUUCUAGGGCUCUAAGUUGCAUGUAACACUGUACGGUGGGCGUCUUAAAUGUGGUCCAUCGAUUGGCAGUUGAUCCGCACGUCUGGCUGCAGUCUGUGUCAACAUCUCUGCGUGUUCUGUGCGCAUGUAUUUCGGUGUGUGUGUGUGUGUGUGUGUGUGUGUGUGUGUGUGUGUGUGCUCAUUCGGGACACUGAUAAAGGAAAAAAUUGGAAACGCUGCCCUCGAGUCCAGAACACUGUAUCUGUCAUCAGUUAGGCUGUAAACAUGACGUGUGCAUGUUUAAAGGUUUGUCUCAUUUGCUGUCUCUACUCUGACUCUGUUUACAAAAAUCAAACCAUUUCAGUAUAUUUCAAUAUUCUGUUGGCAUUAGUCUGCUUGCAUUCAUUCCUGUUGAGCUCUAUGUUAUUCUCUGAGAAUGGGAACUGUAAUAUUGUGUAGCUGUGUGAUGUUAUUAUCAAGCACAAUCAUUCCAUCAACUGUAAUUUACUGUAAAUACUGCAACGACUAUUGAUAAUAAUCUUAUUGUAUUAGAACAGUUUGAUCCGUCCAAUGUUGUAUCUGUCGUAUUUAUUUUAUAAAGGCUAUCUCCUGCGUGUUUAAACUCUUCUGUACAUAUGAAAAAAUAUUUAUCAAAGACAGUAUUUAAGUGUAAGGCUUUUCUUUUGUGUUGCUACCGUCACAGCAGCUGAUUACUGUGUCCAUAAACGAAGAUAAACUGCUGGAGUGUUUUUCAGCGUCCACUGCAUGAGGUCAUGCAUCUCGGAACAAGUCAUGCUCUCAGCUCUGUCAUAUUUCUGCCUCCAUUUUUUAAAAUCUUCGUUUUCAUUUAAAAUAUAAAAGGAUGAUUAUUUUAGUCUGGUGGUGAUAUAAUGAAGCAGUUGUUAUAUUAAAGAUUAAAUGCCAACUUUAUGUAACUUUUAUUCA